AUGUUGGAAAGCGAUGUUUUUUAUAAAUGCACUGAAUGUGGGAAAUCUUUUACAACUAAGGCCUACCUUCACAGUCAUCAGAGAGUUCACACUGGAGAAAAGCCUUAUAAUUGCAGUGAAUGUGGGAAAUCUUUUACCAGUAAGUCCUACCUUCGCACUCAUCAGAGACUUCAUACAGGAGAAAAGCCUUUUAAAUGCAGUGAAUGUGGAAAGUCUUUUAUCACCAGCACUAUACUUUAUCGUCAUCAGAGAGUUCAUACAGGAGAAAAGCCUUAUAAAUGCACUGAAUGUGGGAAAUCUUUUACAACUAAGGCCUACCUUCACAGUCAUCAGAGAGUUCACACUGGAGAAAAGCCUUAUCAAUGCAGUGAAUGUGGGAAAUCUUUUACUGCUUGGGGUGCACUACAAUAUCACCAGAGAGUUCACACUGGAGAAAAGCCUUAUAAUUGCAGUGAAUGUGGGAAAUCUUUUACCAGUAAGUCCUACCUUCGCACUCAUCAGAGACUUCAUACAGAAGAAAAGCCUUUUAAAUGCAGUGAAUGUGGAAAGUCUUUUAUCACCAGCAGUAUACUUUAUCAUCAUCAGAGAGUUCAUACAGGAGAAAAGACUUAUAAAUGCACUGAAUGUGGGAAAUCUUUUAAAACUAAGGCAUACUUUCACAGUCAUCAGAGAGUUCACACUGGAGAAAACCCUUAUAAAUGCACUGAAUGUGGGAAAUUUUUUACCACUAAGGCCCACCUUCACAGACAUCAGAGAGUUCAUACUGGAGAAAAGCUUUAGAAAUGCAGUGAAUGUGGGAAAUCUUUUACCUGGAGCAUUGACCUUCAUCAUCAUCAGUGUUCACACAGGAAAAAAGUCUUAUCAAUGCAGUGAAUGUGGGAAAUCUUUUGCAGGUCGCAAUGGUCUCCAAUAAUAUCUAAGUUCUUACAGGCGAAAAGCCUUAUAAAUGCAUUAACUGGGAAAUUUUAUACCAGUUUCACCAACCUUCACCAUCAUCAGACAGUUCAUACAGGAGAAAAUGCUUAUAAAUGCAGUGAAUGCAGACAGUCUUUUACAACUAACUCUCACCUUCAUUGUCAUCAGAGAGUUCAUACACGAGAAAGUCGUAAUGAGUGUAAUUAAUGUGAGAUAUCUCUCUGCCUAAUUUGUAAAUUUGCUUUGCACUAAAGAGUCCGAAUA